CACAAACUCCCUCCCAGCCCACAAACACACACAGGCACAGACACACGGAGGAUAGAUAGGAGCAUUGCUUAAGUGGCUGCCACCAGGCCCAGCACACGCUCUCUCAUAAUCACAUCAGAAGGAGAGAGAGAGAGAGAGAGAGAGAGAGAGAGAGAGAGAGAGAGAGAGAGAGAGAGAGAGAGAGAGAGAGAAAGAGAGAGAGGAAUAGGUCAGAGGAGGUAGAGGACUGCUAACUAACUUCUAAGGAGUAAAGACCAAAGCGAAAAUAAAAUUGAGAAUUUCGAAAUAUAAAUUUGUAUUUGUCAAGAGGUUUGGACAAACUCAUCUACCAAAAGAGGAUUCCUAAUUACAUUACACCAACCUCAUGAGAGAGAGGAAAAUAGGAAGAAAUAGACAGAACGUGUGAAAGAAAGAGAGGGAUAGGACAGAAGAGGCGGAAGAGGAGGAAGACAGCACAGAGGGAAAGAAGAUACAGGUAUAAGAUCAUUUCAGCAAACACUGAAGCAAAAAGAAAAAAAAAUCAGAAGAGGAUUUCUUCAAAACCUGCCUCAGGUGCCAAAGAUCCUUUAAUUGGCCAUGGUAGCCCCGCCCAUGGCGACCGUCACCACAACGCUGGUCGUCGUAAUGAUGGCGUUUGUCGCACCGACUGGUGGCAUGAGCAACGAGCUGGACUAUGGCAACUGGAACUACAGGGAAGGAGCGGAGAGCGUUGACGUGAGUCACGUGCGGAGCGUGACGCGAGUGCUGGACUCCUGGGGCAAGAAGCUCUUCAGCGACAUCAAGACCCUGCUCCACUCGCAGCCCAGCGCACUGCUGCCAGACUACUCCAGGGUCCGCCCUCUCUCCGAGUCCCUCAAUGACCUCUUCCGAGAAGUCCUGCACUUGCAGAGGCGCAUCACCGACCUCAACCAUCGCCUAGCAACCCUGGAGCCUGUGCUCCGUCGCUACGGAUACCGCACGCCGAGAGAAGAGGAGGAGGAGGAGGAGGAGGAGAGGAGGAGGGAGAGGGAGAUGGAGGAUGGAGAUGAUGAGCAACAGCAGAGGCAUCCGCUGAAGCAUCGUCUCCAUGGCCACCACCAGCAUCAGCAUCAGCACCACAAGCAGGGAGGGAUGGUGAUGAUGAUAACCAAAGAUGAACAGGCAGCCAAGGAGAGGAAGAUGGCGGGUGGAGGAGGGGGAGAGAGGAUGGUGGUCCAGGGCAAGCCAGGGACGGUGACAGGGACAGUGACAGGCAUGGUCCUCAAGGGCGUGAGGAGCAGCAGCAGCAGCAGCAGUAACAUCCCCACUGCUGGCUCCACCAGUGAUGCGCUCGAGGCUGCAAUAUCGGCCUCGGCCACCGGGGGCAGCAGCGCAGCGCCAGGCUACCCACGCAGGUACACCGUUCGCACGGUGCGGCCCGUGAGGAAGGUGCUGCGGACCAGGAGGGUCAGGGUGUUCCGGGACAAAGACGGCAAGGUGAGGGUGAUGGAGAGCGAUGGUGCGGAGAGAUAGAGAGAGAGAGAGAGAGAGAGAGAGAGAGAGAGAGAGAGAGAGAGAGAGAGAGAGAGAGAGAGAGAGAGAGUUUGACAUGGAGAUGUAGAUGGAGAUGGAAGAAAGAGGGAUGGAAGGGAGAGAAAGAGCAAAUGAGAGAGAGAUGGAGAGAGAAAUACUUAAAGAGAAAAGAGAGAGUAGGAGGGGAGGGGGAGAUGAGAAGCUGUUGAGGUGAUUUGUAGAUUUUGCUGUUGGAGAAAGAAAAGAACAAUCGUAAAAUGUGCAAAUGGCUACAUCCUGCAAAUAGUGUAUUCUGUUAAUACUUUUGCUAUAUUGUCUAUACUAUGGUUCUCCUGUAACUAUUGUAUUAUGGAAUGACAUGCAUAUUAAUAAACCUUUAAACCUAGAUACA